UCAUCACCCCCACAAGAUGUUACAGACAAUUAGCUCACGACCACGCACCUACAUAACUAAAUAAUCUUAUGCAUAACAAUUUCACAAGUGUUAUUUUGCGUUAAUUUUCUUCAGUUAUGAGGGUGAACACAGAGUUUGAGCGUGUUCUUAAGUAUUUUGAUGAGGAUGGGGAUGGUAAGAUUUCCCCAUCUGAGCUCAGGAACCGGCUAGGCAUGAUGGGUGGUGUGUUAUUGUUCAAAGACGCUGAAAAGUUGAUUGAGGAAUUGGAUUCUGACGGUGAUGGGUUUUUGAGUUUGGAAGAUUUUGUGAAGAUAAUGGAGGCAGCAGGGGAAGAAGAGAAGUUGAAGGAUUUGGCAGAGGCUUUUGAGAUGUACCAUGACUCUGAAAUGUUUGGGUUUAUAACACCCAAAAGCUUGCAAAAGAUGCUAGGUAGGUUAGGAGAAUCAAAAUCCAUGGAGCAAUGCACAGCUAUGAUUGGCCACUUUGAUUUGAAUGGAGAUGGCCUGCUUAGCUUUGAUGAAUUUAGAGUCAUGAUGCAGUGAUGAUUAUUUAUUUAUUUGAUUUAAUUGGGGAUGGUUGGAUUUCAUUCAUUUGUUUGUAUAUAUUUUUAGUCUCUACAUCCCCUGUUAGGCUUUUGUAAGAUUCAGUGAGGCUGAUUUGCUGAGCUUUAUAAGCUACAUAUAUUAUUUGGACACGAUAUUCUCUGCUACUUUUGAUUUGUAAUCUGAUUUUUUGGACAUUUA